CUUGAAUUGCUGAAACCUUCUUGCUGUUUCAGUACAUAUUCUUAGUAUUUCUUGUGCUGACUUGCAUCUUUAGACCAGCAGUAGUUGUCAGCACAACCCAAUAUUCAUCAGUCUGGAUCAAUUCAAUUCAAAUCACACCAUUCAUAAUUCAUAGCUCAUAUGUUAUAUAACUCGACCGUAACCACUUCAUUCGGCGACCAUGACAGACUUGUCUUGCAGAUUUUUACUCAGAUAUCAGCAGUUAUUGGUCUGCUGGGCGUUUUUGGAAUUUCAUAUAUGCUCAUUAAAUCCUCCAAAUCAUUCUCAAAUCCAACUGGAAGACUGGUCACCGCAUUGGCAGUUGCGGAUUUUAUCGAUGCAGCUAGUAAAUUAGUUGGUCAGGCAGGACCCAAUGCUGGCAUUGACAGUGCUAUUUGCCAAAUACAGGCAGCCAUGAUUCAAGAAGGCACGCUUGCAUCCAUAUUCAUUUCACUGUCCAUGACUCUUAAUGCCGUGUAUAUUGUUUUUUUCUCUGGAUCAGUAUCUGUGCUGCACAAGCAUGCCUGGGUGAUGAUUGCUCUCUGUUUUUGUAUUCCUUUACCGCUUAGUAUUCUUCCCAUAUUUUACAAAGUAGACACUCCUAGCCAUGACAUAAACUUGCCACCAGUACCUACACGUCUAUAUCAGGAUGCGCAACAAUGGUGCUGGAUUCCGAGCGAGCUAUCAGAUUAUCAAAUAUACUUUUUCUACGCAGAACUGUUUUUUAUUUUCUCAUUCAACUCCAUUGCAUAUGUGUUGACAUGGAUCAAGCUGCGCCAAUCUCAGCAACAUGUUACUGCCAAAGCAAGAUACACUGCAGCUCAAAUGGCUACACAACUCAUGGCACGACGGAUGCUACUUUAUACUAUUGGCUUUGUGAUUGCAUGGACACCCUCUGCUAUCAAUCGUUUGACAACUGCAUUUACAAAACAGCCAGUUUUUGCUCUUGCACUCCUCCAGAGCAUUGUAUCACCAAUGCGAGGCUUCAUCAACUUUCUUGUAUUUUUACAAACCCAAAAACAAAAUGUGGCAGCCAUCACACAAGCUAAACAGAAAAUGCUCAAACCAUCCAAUGCUUCUACUGCUACACCACAGCGACCAGCAUCUCCCACUUUUGAUAUCAUAGCGUUAAAUCAUGCACAUUCAUUUGAUCGCACCUCUGGAUCUCACAAUAUGAAUAUUUCUUUACCCGAUCUCGGUGGUGGUGACAUGUUUCAAUCCAAUGAAAACCAUGAUGUCCCAGUGAACAUAUCACCAUCAUUUCAUGAUAUGGCACGAAGAUCCAUGGAAUUUAAUCGCUGCCCAAUGGUUUUGCGGUUUGGCCCAACACAUACUCCUGCAGAUAAUCUUAUGGGUAUAUUCAACACUCCAGUCAUGUCACAGUCUUCAGUUGAUAGUGAGAUUAUUCCACUAAGAUCUCCACUGGAAAGCCAUUUUGCUUCACCAUGCUCUCCAAUGCUUAGCAUGAAUCUACAUCUUACAAGUAAUAUAUAAUGAACAUCGUAUAAUAUCUUUUGGUUUAAACAAGAAUACAUGUCGAUCAUUUCACAAUAUG